CAGGAAUGACCAUGGCUAUUUCCUGAACUAUGGUUUUAAGUUGACCAGCCGACCACCCUGACGCUUCCGGUAACUUGACGACUUGAUGGUUUCCGUUGGCCAGCGAGUCGCUUUUCUGUCGACCCACUGGACCAGCCCGUUGCCUUUGCUAACUAAUCGGUUAACUCUUUCGCAAACGCAGAAUCCCAAUGCCACCGUCAAGCCUUUGAUCCAAAUGCCGUUGCAGGCCGCCAAUGUCCAGGAGCAGCAGUCUCCUCCGGUGGCUUCAUAUCCGACACCGGCCACUCCGGUGGCUGUUCAGCAGCCAUCGACUCUUGUCCCCGUUCAAGUGCCGAACUCGUCCGUCCAACAGCAAAAUCCGGAUGCGGACGCCAUCGCCUCGAAGCUGGCCUUGCCAGUUAUCAUCAAGGAGGAGCUGAUCUCUGUCGACGAUGAACCGUCCGUCGACAUUAUAGAGGACAAUACCAGUGCCAGCGGCAUCGGGGGCAAGAUCCCAUUUAAAAAGAUCUUCCAAAAGCGGAAGAAGUCGUCUGAACGCACUCGGGACAAGAAGCUGCGACGGAAUCGCCAGCUGCGCAAGUCCAUGCUCCCCAAAAACGCUCUGAUGGCCCUCACGAGGUUAAGGGCGUGACCAUCAGCGAUUUCACCAUCGACAUCAAUACCGACGGGGGAUUCACGGCCGUUGUCACUGUGAACUCGACUCAGUACGUGGGCAAGGGUACCUCAAAGAUGACA